AUGGGAGCCGCCAGUGAAAACCAAGCGUGUUUAGUUAAAAACGACAGAUUCACAUCCGACACUGGCUCCCCCCUUCAACUGCAAAGGGAUAUGGCCUCAACAAUAGCAACAACGGCAACGACAGCUCCGAAUGGAUCUGCUCCCAACGGUCAUGGCAAAAAAGCAAAUGGUGAGGCUAGCCUGAAAAAUGUGGAAAAGUCAACAAAGGGGGACACUCUACAAUUGGAAAAUCUACUAUUGCGGGACGAGGAGCUCUUCCAAAGCUCGUUGGACUCUGAUGACUAUCUAGAGAACCUUGCUCCCGUUAUCAAGGACGCGGUGAGGCGGAACGGUCUUAGUGCGUUGAUAACUAAGCUCAACGACAUUGUAAGGGCCAAAGACGAGGAAUUGAACGAGGUCUCGAUGAAUUCCAUGGACGAAAUUAACCAGUGCAUGAAUACUAUUGCCAGCAUCCACACCGAGGCCGACCUGUUGAAGCGACAGUUUCUUUCCGUGACUCAGAACUUGUCCAAGUCGUCUAUUGAGCUAAUGACGAAAAAGAAAAAUUACGUCAAGUACAAGGAGGUGUGCAGUCGAAUCAGCGAGGCGCAAGUUGUGCUCACCGAGUGCAUCCAGGUGCUAGAGCUCAUGAACCGGAUCUUGGAGCUAAUCAAGCAAACAAAGUACUUUCUGGCUUUGAAGUUAACCGACGAAUUGACAAACAUCCACAUUCAAAAAGUCAAUGAGUUUAGCUUUGCCAAGAAGAUUGUCGACUCCAUCCCGCAUUUGACCCAAAUGAUCAAGGACGACUCGUUUGAAAAUUUGAUCAAAUGGCUAUCGUUGAAUUUGGAGCGGAAGUUGCCCACAAUCGGCGAUGCACUAUACGACAAUUUGUAUGACUUGCAGGACAAGUGGGCCGAGUGCAAAGCGCAAAACCCUACUUAUGCCCCGUACAAGUUGAAUUCCCCUGUUGAGUCGAGUUUGAGAGACCCCAGCUCAUACUACAACGUGUUUGAAGACGAGACUUUGAAGAUCCCCUUGAGCAGCGUGUAUGAUGCGAUAUUGGUUUAUCGCACCUUGCACGAGCUGGAGAACUUGAGUGCCGCCUACCACAAGGAGUGGAUGAAGAAAUACAGCAGAAUUAUUUACCCCUUGACGUCAGUGGCCACCAAUACCAAAGAGCAAGGGUUCAAGCUUGACCAAUUGGAGCCUUAUUUGAAAAAAAUGGCUGCUUUUUUCGUGAUGGAUAAGCAAUUGAACCUUGUCACCAAAUUUCAGUUGCGAGCAAACGUCCAAUCUGAGGAGUUGUGGUUAUCGUAUGUUUCGAAAUUGAAGCCGAGACUUUUGCAAACUAUUGAAGAGAGCGAUUUUUAUGAUGUUCGCGAGUUGAGUCAAUUCAAGAAUAUCUUGGGGGACUUUAUGCAAAUCAUGGACUCCAACGGGUACGACGUUACCGAGAUCUACGAGGUGAUGAUGGUGAUUUUCAGAAACAACUUUGCUCCGCUCAUUGUUCAAUCUUUUAAGAAAAAGUUUGUUGAGUCCUUGCAAUCGGAGCAUAACCAAGCAUUCAAGAGCGACCAAGAGGAGUAUGAAGGGGUGAUGAAGCAUAUUUUUUACGACCAGAAUGCGCCAUUUGUGAGAGCAAACGUGAAGCUGUUCCCAGUGAAUUUCCCCUUUAGCGAAGAUUUUGUCAAGUUUUGUAUAUUUGUGCGCAGCAUGAUCAAGCUGGUUUUGGACUUUAUCAGAGAGUUUUACAAUUACGAAGUCAAUGAAAUCAACAACAUUAUAUUGAAUGACAUCGUCGAGGCAUUUUUGAGCGACAGGAAAGGAGUCGGUAUCGCAUGGGAGAUUGAGGAUUUCAUCACCAGAAACGCCGAUAACAAGGAAAUCAUUGCUCAGAGCUUUGUAAACUUGGAAUACUACACUCUAAGUUUGUACAAGAUUGGGGUGUUUUUGAACGAGCGGUUGCGAAGGGAAACCGGGAUGGGGAUACACAACAUUGACACCAACGAUGCGUUCACUUUGGUUGCUGUGGGCACGUUUGUCCGACUCAAGAAAUUUUCGGAGGACACAGUUUACAAGAUGAUUGAUUCAAAGAUUACCCAAUUGUUGAGUAUUGUUGAGUACAACGACUACUUACCGGUGGAAAGAAACACUGAGGCCAAUUUUGCAGUCAAGGAUUUCGCGCUAUUCUUGGAGAAUUUGUUCACGUCCAUCUUUGAGAAUUUCCCGUCCCUGUUGAGAACGCUUGGCUUAUUCCGGAGCUAUGAUUUUGUCUCGCAGCAUUUUUUGGCCGUUUUGAAAAACGCCGACCAGUACAACGAGGUUUUCAUUGACAACUUUGAUCUCGAUAUACAGCACUUGGAAAAGUCCAUCAAAAAGUUAAACUCAACAGCAACCGCCGAGGAUCAGGACUCUACGCAAGGGGCCGUCUCGAUCGAAUCUACAUUUACAGAAUUGAGACAAACUGUCGAUCUAUUAAAGUCUAACAACUACGACGAAUAUGCAACCAAUUCUUCUUUCCGAACGAGACACUACAACAGCGUCAAGUUUGAAGAUGGAAUGAAAUACAUCAAAAAAAUGCACGGAGCUGGCUCUCUUGCGACCUCACCACAAAUUGCGCACCAGCUGCAGUUUCAACGAAGCGGCACCAUCAAGUCCAUCUCGCAGUCUAUAUCUGGAUCAAACUUUGCCCACAUUUUACAAGGUAAGCAGCAUGAAGACGCCAACACCAACACCAACACCAACACCUUGCCCAGUAAGCAGUAUGAAGAAGCCAAUAAUUCCAACGAAAGUUUGCAGAGCACCCCGACAAGCUCUAAAUUUGCAUCUAUUGCUGAUAGAUUCAAGUUGGCCAAUACCUCUCGAUAG